UAAGGCACGUUCGAGUACUUCUAAUGGCUCCAAGGGAGGGAUCAGAACGGCCACUGCCCACGCGUCGAUCGCGCGAUUAAACGGUUCGGCAAACGCGGACCUAUCGAUCAGAAGCGAACUGAACUCGGAAGUUAAAUGGUCGAGAUUGUGGAUCGUACAGCGAACGGUUAAAUUGUAGUGAAACUUUGUAUUAUCUUUCAGUAAAAUAAGAUGAACAGUGCGGUGACUUGUCGAGUGUUUCUGUUGCUGGGACUGCUAGUUCUGGUCAGUGUAGAAUGUAGUCGCGUUAAGUUUCUCGGAGAAGACGUCGGCGAUGACGAAGACGAUGUGGCGUUGAUACGAGGUGCCGUCAAUAUUGGACGCGAUAUUACUGGAUUUAUCUUUGGUGGCCGGCCUACGCGUCGCAGACCGACUGUACGAACCACUACCACGAGGCCGGAUGAUGUCCACCAUCCGAAUGCGGGAGGAAACGUUGGAGUGGAGAGACCUGAAAAAAUAAAAUGUGUAGAAUGUAGCCGCGUUAAGUUUCUCGGAGAAGACGUCGGCGAUGACGAAGACGAUGUGGCGUUGAUACGAGGUGCCGUCAAUAUUGGACGCGAUAUUACUGGAUUUAUCUUUGGUGGCCGGCCUACGCGUCGCAGACCGACUGUACGAACCACUACCACGAGGCCGGAUGAUGUCCACCAUCCGAAUGCGGGAGGAAACGUUGGAUUCUCCGGUUCAUCGGCAGCCGCUGGCUCGCAAACGAUCCAAACUGGGAACCAGCAUGGCUCGUCCGGAUCAGCUGCCACUGCCCAGACGGCUACCGUGAAUAAUGGCGGCGGCAACUCGGGACUGGGAAUAUCUGCGGCCGCGGCCAAUGCCAACUCGCACCACCAGACCUCCCCGUCUUCCCCCGGUCAUCAUAAUGGAUUCUCUGGCGGCGGCGGCGCCUCGGGAGCGGCUGCCAGCUCCCAGAGCUUCAAUGGCGGAGGAUUCCCAGGGUCCAGCAUUUCGGCAUCCGCUGCGAAUGCAAACUCCUACAAUACUCAGCACGGUAGUGGCGGAGGAUCAGCAUCGGCAGCCAAUGCCCAAUCUGCUUCCUUUAACUCGAGAUAUCCUGGAUUCGGCUUUUCCGGAUCCAGUUCAAGCGCAAACUCAGCUAGUCAAGGAUUUGGAUCGUCCAUUGGAUCCGGCGCAGGAGUGGCCACCGGAAAUGGUUUCGGAGGAUCCGGUGGGAGUGCGGCAGCUGCCAACGCACAGACGGCCACCAUCAAUUCCGGCGGAUUCGGAGUGUCCGCGUCGAACGCGAACGCCAACAGCUUGAACCAGCAAAUUGGUGGUUUCGGCUCAUCCAGUUCGAACGCCAACGCCAACUCCUUCACGCACGGGUUCGGUUCCAAUGGGUUUGGAAGCAGUGCGGCCAACGCGCAGUCAAACUCGUUCCAGAGCAGCGGACCGUUGGGUUCGUUUGGGGCGUCCAAUUCGGCAUCGCAAUCGCAGGGAUUCACCGUUGGGGCGGGAGGUAUCUCGGGAUCGGCGGCCCUUUCCGGAAGUCAAACGUACAGGAUACCCUACCACAAGGACGUAACGCUAUCGUACUCCAGUGGGUUCUCAACGGCUGGGAACCAGGGUGGACAGGGAGGGGAUUCGAGUUACGCGAAUGGAGCUUCGUUUACGAUAAAUUAAACAUAAUAGUAUUGAAAAGUGUUCAUUGUAAAUUUUACAAAAGAGAGUAUAAAUAAAAUGUAUUUAUUAUCUAUCUAAGAA